UAGGUCCUUGAUCAUCUUGUGACCUUAGCACUUGGAUUAAGCCUUCUUUCCUGUGCGAUUAAGGUAGUGAGACCCGACGCAUGGGGAGCCCGGGGGAGUGACGAGCUAGACGGCUAGGCAUUAUUUGGACUUAGGUUUUUUGUAGUUAGGCCGCUAGUCCUCGAUGCUGACUCAGAAAUUUUUGUGUAUAGUACUCCCGUAGUUAUAGUCAUGAUUGUAUAAAUGAAGUUAUAAAUUCUUGUAUAUUUUGACCAGUAAAUAUUUAGAAGAAAAGAGAGAAACUAGAUAUUACCUGAGUUUCUAAAUCUGAAUUAUCUAAAUUAGUAAUUAUGAACUUAAUGGCCCCAAAAUGGCGUGGGUGCUCAAGGGGUGGUCGUAAGGAUCAGGACACUCCUUCGAUCCCAGAUGCUAGUCCCCCUGCCUAAGCUGCUCCGUAGGAGGGAGGGAUGAGUAACCCUCAGAUAGCCACUUUUGUUCAGGAACUUAUGGUAGAAAUAAGACGCCAAGCAUCUCCUGCCACAAGUGUACCACCUCCAUCCCUAGUGGUUUCCACUCCUAUGGCCCCUGCUCCAAUUUCCCCUGUUCCUAUUUCUUCUGCUCUUGUGGUGUCUAGCUGGAAGGUCUAUACAGAAUUCCAAAAGGUGGUGAUCAAGAGAUUUGACGGUACCGCGGGUUUUGAGCAGGUGGGGUCGUGGAUUACUGAGGUGGGGCGGGGAUUCCGCCUAUGGAAGAUUUCUGAUGACCUUAAGCUACACCAAGGAGAGCCUGAAUUGAGCACUUGGAAUGGCUUUAAAAAGGUGUUCAUGCAAGAGUAUAUACCAGAUAGCAAAAGGCGGGAACUGCAAAGGGAAUUUGCAGAUCUAAAUCAGGUUGGGGAUGAGCUAGCUAAGGCUGAUAAAUUUUUAUGGGGCUUGAAUCCUGAUAUUUAUCUGGUGGUGAAUCAAUUCAAAUUCGCCACUUAUAGAGAGGUUGCGGACAGAGCCAUAGAUCAAGAGAAGGCUAUGGCUAGAGUCAAGUCCUUAAGACAACACAAUGUUGGGUCAUCCCUUGGGAAGAGAAAAUUUGAUGGGAGCCGUAGGUCCCUUGUCCUUGCACCGCCUAAGUCUGAGAUCAGCAAGGGUUCUAAAGGGCCAGGAGCCACCAAGACUUGGGGCACACUUGGGAUCAGUGCCACACUGUUACUGGGGCUUGCUUCAAAUGUGAGUUCUACCAGUCAAGGGGCACAGAAACAGAGUACUGGGGUUAGGACAAGAGCCCAGCAGGCGAGAGUGCAAGUGAUGACUCACAAGGAAGCUGCGGCCACCGACGUAAUCACGGGUACCUUGCCUGUUAACUCUGAUUAUGCGCAUGUUUUAUUUGAUUCGGGUGCAUCGCACUCUUUUAUUGCUCGAUCUUAUGUUUUGAAACGAGCUUUGCCUGUUGAUACCUCUGAUCUUGAAUUGCAUGUGGACACCCCUUUAGGAGGGGUGAUGACUACUAGGGAGAUGUGUAGGACUAUGGAUAUUUAUAUUGAUGGUAGACGGUUGAGUGCUAGUUUGUUUGUUUUAGAUAUCUCUGAUUUUGAUAUCAUUUUAGGGAUGGAUUGGUUGUCAAAACAUUUUGCCUCUAUAGACUGCCAUCGAAAAUGGGCUCAGAAAUAUCUUGUAAAUGGUUGCCAGGGUUUCCUAGUCUCCGUGACUGAUGCUAGUAGUGUGACAUCGAGACUAGAAGACAUACCGAUGGUGCGUGAGUUUUCGGAUGUAUUUCCAGAGGAUCUCCCAGGUUUACCUCCGGACAGGGAGGUUGAAUUUGCUAUUGACCUUGUUCUUGGCACGGGACCUAUUUCCAAAGCACCAUACCAUAUGGCUCCUGCAGAAUUAAAGGAGUUAAAGGUCCAGCUGGAGGAACUCCUUGAAAAAGGGUUUAUAUGCCUUAGUGUGUCACCUUGGGGAGCUCCAGUGUUGUUCGUUAAGAAGAAGGAUGGGAGCAUGAGGCUAUGCAUUGAUUACCGAGAAUUGAAUAAGGUAUUUUCUAAGAUUGAUCUUCGAUCUGGCUACCACCAGUUGAAGAUUAAACCGGAUGAUGUGCCAAAGACUGCCUUCCGUACCCGUUAUGGUCAUUAUGAAUUCAUAGUCAUGCCUUUUGGCUUGACAAAUGCCCCUGCCAGAUUUAUGGAUUUGAUGAAUCGGGUGUUUAGCAAAUACCUAGAUAAGUUUGUGGUUGUCUUCAUUGAUGACAUCUUGAUCUACUCUUCUAGCCAUACUCUUCAUGAAAAGCACUUAAGGACAGUUCUCGAGACACUGCGAAGUGAGAGGCUGUUUGCUAAAUUUAAGUGUGAAUUUUGGCUAGAUAAUGUUGCGUUACUAGGUCACGUUGUGACUAAGGAUGGAAUCUCGUUGACCCCCAAAAGAUUGAGGCCGUGGUUGAUUGGAAAAAGCCGAAUAAUGUUGCAGAAAUCCGUAGUUUUCUAGGAUUGGCUGGUUAUUACCGCUGAUUCGUGGGGGAUUUCUCUAGAAUUGCUCUGCCAAUGACUUGUCUUAUCAGGAAGGACACCAAGUUUGAGUGGACUCUAGAGUGUGAGAAGAGUUUUUUGACCCUUAAGGAGAAGUUGGUCACUGCUUCUGUACUUGCACUUCCAAUCAAUGGGGAAAGAUUCA